GGUCAUAUCUGCUGUGGAGCUACGAGAAAUCUUGAGAGAAUCCUGAUCUGUUUUACGUGCGAUCCUUGCUGGCGACGCACGGCGUCCCUCAUCCAGUCUCUCUUAGUGUCGGGCAGUGCCCAUCAUCUCAUCGCUGAGGAGGGGUCUCGAAUCCGCCUACAAUCAUGAGUGAAAUUGCAGACUGGUUCAAGAAUCUGCCGACAUUUACCCGGUACUGGUUCGGUAUAUCGAUUGUGAUUCCGGUGGCCUGUCGUUUCCAUCUGAUCGCGCCCUACUGGAUGGUUUUCGAUUACGGUCUUGUCUUCAAAAACUUAGAGAUAUGGCGACCUUUCACGGCCGUGUUCUUCUAUCCGAUGGGGAUACACUACCUCAUAAAUCUCUACUUUAUUUGUUCGUACUCCAGUAGACUCGAAACUUCGACCUACAGCGGACGACCGGCAGAUUAUCUAUUUAUGCUUCUCUUCAACUUCGUGUGCAUUGUAUUCGUCGCAGUAUUCACAAACCUCCAGUUACUGAUGGACGCGAUGAUUUUGUCGGUUCUCUACGUCUGGUGUCAACUCAAUAAAGAGCAGAUAGUGUCUUUCUGGUUCGGGACGAGAUUCAAGGCCGGAUAUUUCCCCUGGGUUCUCUUCGCGAUCAGUCUCGUGAUGUCCGGUGGGGGCCUUCACGAGCUCAUCGGGAUCCUGGUUGGCCACCUCUACUAUUUCCUCAACUUCCAAUAUCCGCAAGAGGGAGGCCGACAGUUGCUCUACGUCCCCAACUUCUUGUACAAGUACUUCCCGAACCACUCCGGAGGCUUCGGCAGCUUCGGCCAAGCUCCUCAGAGACGACCGGCUCGACCCCAAGGCGACGGAGACGCUUCCAGCCAGAGCGGAAACACCGGAUGGUUUAGACACAACUGGGGGACAGGUCAUGUCCUCGGUCGACAGUGAUGGCGCUAUAUUGACGGAUAUUCGCUAGAGAGUUGUACAUACAGGUCUUAGAAAGCUUACGCCCGGCCCUGAGGGGCAACUUCAUGGACACCGCAAAAGAGUCAAGAGUGAUACAUAAAUGAAGUUGGAUGAUAACCUAAUUAUUAAAGACGAUACG